UGUGAACACUGAGAAACUACAAUGGCCAGAACCAAGCAGACAGCUCGUAAAUCCACCGGAGGAAAGGCUCCCAGGAAGCAGCUGGCCACCAAGGCUGCUCGUAAGAGCGCCCCGGCCACCGGCGGAGUGAAGAAACCUCACCGUUACAGGCCCGGUACCGUGGCUCUGAGGGAGAUCCGCCGCUACCAGAAGUCCACCGAGCUGCUGAUCCGCAAGCUGCCCUUCCAGCGCCUCGUGAGGGAGAUCGCUCAGGACUUCAAGACCGACCUGCGCUUCCAGAGCUCCGCCGUCAUGGCUCUGCAGGAGUCCAGCGAGGCCUACCUGGUCGGCCUGUUCGAGGACACCAACCUGUGCGCCAUCCACGCCAAGAGGGUCACCAUCAUGCCCAAGGACAUCCAGCUGGCCCGCCGUAUCCGCGGGGAGAGGGCUUAAACUGACCUGAGACCAGAACACCCAAACACAACGGCUCUUUUAAGAGCCACACACACUUUCAAAGAGUUACAAUCCUACUCAUUAUUAUUAUGAUACUGGUUCAUAUUAUGUUUGGUUAGCUGUACCGUGAUGAAUGAAACAAGAAAGGUUGUUGUUUACUGAAGUUACAAAGACAUUAAAAUGUGAGCAAUA